GCGGCGCUGGUUUGUGCUUUAGCUGAACGGAACCCGAAAACAACAACAGCGUGAUCAAAGCUGAACAACAGCGCCGAGCUGCUUUCUUUCUUUUACUUUUUCCCCCUCUUUUUAAAUUUACACGCGCACAGCGAUCAUUUCCGAAGCGUGAUGGCCGCCUGACGGUUCGGUCUGGAUGAUACGGUUGGUUGUUGUUGCCGUUUUUUCACGCGUUUGGCUGGAAUUAAAGUGUUUUAGGACUCCCUAUGUUUGAGCGUCUUCCGGCGACGGCGGCGGUGGCGGCAUCAGCGGUGCCAUGAAUAGUGGACUCCCGGUCUCGGCUGCUCCGCUCGGCGGUGUCGGAAUACCGGGCGUCAAGGUGAAAUUCUGUCGUUAUUACGCGAAAGACAAGACUUGCUUUUAUGGCGACGAUUGCCAGUUCUUGCAUGAGGAUCCGUCCGCGGGGAGUGUUGUGCACGGCGGAGGAAGCGGCGGCAGUCCGGUGACUUUAGCCCUCGCCGGCGGGGCAGUGAGCUCUGCGGCGGCGGCUGUAGCAGGGUAUACGCUCUCUGGGAACGCAGUAGCGCCGUGUCCUAGCGGAGCUCCGGCGGGUGUGGCCAAAAAGAGUGAUGCUCUCGGGCCUGCAGGAGCGGCUCUGGACGGCCAGUUAUUGAGCAUCGCUGGUAUGGAUGGCGGAGCGCUCAGUGAUGCAAACCUGACCAACUCCUAUUUCAGCAGCAGUUUUAUUGGAGUCAAUGGCUUUGGAAGUCCAGCAGAGUCCAAAUACUCAAUGAUGCAGAGGAUGACCAGCAGCAGCAGCUCCCCGAGUCUCCUUAACGACGGUGCCAAGAAUUUCAGCCACAGCGCUCAUGAUCCUGUAAGUUCCCCCACUUCCUCCCUGUUUAGCGACUUUGGUGCUUUGAGCAUAACGCAGAGGAGGAAGGCUCCUAACCCCGCUGCCACAGAGUUCAUCCCUAAAGGAGCACCACGCAUGUCCACUAUGUCCCAGGCGGCCGUACCGACAUUUCCCUCGCCACUAUUCCCCCAUCCCGCUCUGAGCGGCUCAGCCGCAGCAGGACUCGCACCUGGUAUGUCUUUGUCUGCUGGGUCGUCUCCUCUCCACUCGCCCAAAAUCACUCCCCACACCUCACCCGCCCCCCGGCGCCGUAGCCACACCCCUAACCCCAACCCAGCCAAUUACAUGGUGCCCACCACGGUGUCGGAGCAAGGAGGCGCCGCCCACAUCAUUCAGAAGGAGACCGUUGGAGGAACCACCUACUUUUACACCGACAACACCCCUGCUCCCAUGGCUGGAAUGGUGUUUCCAACGUACCAUAUCUACCCACAAACAGCACCUCAUGUGGCGUACAUGCAGCCCAAAGCCAACGCUCCGUCCUUCUUUAUGGCUGACGAGCUCAGACAGGAGUUGAUUAACCGGCAUUUGAUAACGAUGGCCCAAAUCGAUCAGUCUGAGAACUCGGGAGUCCCAUCUGAGGUGGACAGCUACCAUAGCCUCUUUCCCCUAGAGCCUCUUCUGCCCCCAAACCGCCUCCAGAAAACCAGCAACUUCAGUUACAUCACUUCCUGUUACAAGGCGGUCAACAGCAAAGAUGACCUGCCGUACUGUCUCAGGAGGAUACAUGGCUUCAGGCUGGUGAACACCAAGUGCAUGAUGCUGGUCGACAUGUGGAAGAAGAUCCAGCACUCCAAUGCUGUCACGCUGCGGGAAGUCUUUACCACCAAAGCUUUUGGAGAUCACUCGUUGGUGUUCUCUUACGACUUCCAUGCCGGUGCUGAGACCAUGUACAGCAGGCACUUCAACGACCCGACGGCUGACUCUUAUUUCACCAAGAGGAAGUGGGGUCCGCAUGAGCCGCCUCCUCCUCGGCAACAUGCCGGUCUGCUGCCCGAGUCUCUGAUCUGGGCCUACAUCGUGCAGCUGAGCUCAGCCCUACGUACCAUCCACACUGCAGGCCUGGCCUGUAGGGUUAUGGACCCCAGCAAGAUCCUCAUCACUGGAAAGACUCGGUUACGGGUGAACUGUGUAGGUGUGUUUGAUGUCUUAACAUUUGACAAUAGUCAGACCAACCACUUGGCCCUCAUGCCCCAGUACCAGCAAGCAGAUCUGAUCUCUCUGGGGAAGGUGGUGUUGGCACUGGCCUGCAACUCUCUGGCUGGCAUUCAGAGAGAGAACCUGCAGAAAGCCAUGGAGCUUGUGUCCAUCAACUACUCAUCCGACCUCAAGAACCUCAUCCUGUACCUGCUUACGGAGCAAAGUCGCCUGCGUAGCGUCAAUGACAUCAUGCCCAUGAUCGGAGCCAGGUUUUACACUCAACUGGAUGCUUCACAGAUGAGGAAUGACGUCAUUGAGGAAGAUCUGGCCAAGGAGGUGCAGAACGGACGCUUGUUCCGUCUUCUGGCCAAACUGGGAACCAUCAACGAGAGACCAGAAUUCCAAAAGGAUCCGACGUGGUCCGAAACAGGGGAUCGCUACCUGCUGAAGCUCUUCAGAGAUCACCUGUUCCACCAGGUGACUGAAGCGGGCACGCCCUGGGUCGACCUGAGCCACAUCGUGUCUUGUCUUAAUAAACUGGAUGCCGGAGUGCCCGAGAAGAUCAGCCUGGUGUCUCGGGAUGAGAAGAGCGUGCUGGUGGUGACCUACUCAGACCUAAAGCGCUGCUUUGACAGCACCUUCCAGGAACUGCUGGCUGCCGCUAACGGCUCGCUGUAGCGCCCCUCACAGGCAUGGGGUGGGACUGCCUGAACCGGAGCACAUUGCACUACAGUGAACAAAGACGGGCGCAGCUUUGAACAAUCUUAACGGCCAAAACAAAGCCAGCUGGUUGCUCACCUCCAGUCAGAUACACUGUCCUAAAAGGAAGUUGUACUUUUUUUUUUUUUUUUCUUUUUUUUUUUUUUUCCCUAAAGUGUAUUUUUUUAGUUUUCCUAAACUCACAGCUAGCUGAAUUCUGAACAUGUUGACCGCUGUGAUUAAUUUUUUUAGACUUGGGGAACAACAACAUCAUUGUCGAUAACAAACAUUGACAAUUUCCUGCUUUUAUUUUUCUUGGUUUUUAUUAUAUAUUUUUUUUUCCAUUGGAGGAUGCACUAAGAAUUUUAAGUUUUUCCUUUUUAAAAAAAAAAAAAAAAAAAAUGAAUAAAAAAAAUCAUGUGGGUUGUGUCCACAAGGUGACACAAGAAAAGGACGAGGACCUGGUUUCCGGGAAAAAAAAAGAAAAAACGAUCUCUUCUGUAGGCACUGCGAGUUGGGACAGACCACUUGUCAUGUGUGCAGAACCCAGACCGCUUUUUGCCUCCGCUGUCAUUUAGAUAGGGCAAACCGUUGUGCUUGUAAGAGGGGGGCGGGCCGGCCAAAUCGCUAAGAAGACUGGCCGCUGUUUGAACGUGGAGUACGUGGCGUGGUAUGGUACGUUCCCAUCCCUCCCCCCCCAGCCCCCGCCAGCCGGGAAAGUGAGACUUUCCAAAGUCACAUGUGAUUGCAAAGAGAAGGUCGCUUCAUUACUGCCUGGGUUCUCACUCUGUCCAUGUAACUUUGGUGGCACUGACACAGGGGUGCUUUCUCUUGUUGCUGUAUAAGACUUUAUUAGACUUAUGCAACCUCCAUUCAUUUUUAAAAAAAACAAAAAAAAAUUAUUUCCAUGGAUGCUUUUUUGCAACGUGAUAUGAAUCAACAAUUGUGAGAAUUAAUUUUUCUUUUUUGUUUCGUUUGUUGUCUUUUUUUUCAAUCAGGCCUUUUAGGUCUGGAAAGGAACCAAAGAACUGGACCACAUUUAGGAAGGGAACCAGUUCUGCCUCUGUGGAAUGUCCUCUCCCUCUGCCCCCUUUUUGUGGCACAACUUUUUAGAUUACGCUCACAUUUUGACACUCACUUUUUUUUUUUUUUCUUUUUUUUUUUUUUCCCCUCCCUCACCCCAUUCCUUAUAUCCUUCCAUCAUGAUCUAUAGGCUGGUGGUUGUUAUUUGGACUGAAUCGGUAGCUCUUAUGUGAUGGUUCUUUUCUUUUUCACACCCAGCUCUUGUGCAGUGAUGCAUGAUGGGAUUUUUGAGCUCUCAGUCUGAUUAAUACCAGUAAAACGUCUGGGAAGGAUGGUGGAAACGGUGGGGUUAGUUUGGGGGAUGUUUGAAUUUUGGCUUAUUUUUAAUACCCAAUUCUCACCUGACGAUCAUGUGAUGGCAAGAUGCUGAGAAAAUGGAGCGUCCAUCAGCAAAACAGCAGGUAACAGAGGGGGGCGGAGUGUUUUGGGGGUUGAGGAUAAGGGUUUGGGGGCCUGGGGGUGUAGAGGUGGUUGUUUUUGCACUUGGAGCGGUUUUGGCAUUCUCUCAGGACGACUCGACCCGAAUUAAGCCAAUGAUUGAAUGUGUUUUGACCCGUCAUUGGUAACCCUUUCCAAUCGUGAGUCGAGCUACAGUGGAAAAGGCGCGACGUGAGCAGGUCUGGCUGAGCCACACUGAACAUGGAGGGCUCAGGAUGGAACAUGUUAUACAGAGCUGAUGUGAGGAUGCUGUGUUUCAAAUUGUACUUUUGUGGGGGUGGGGUUUUCGUGAUAGUCAAAACAGCAGUGAAUCUGGUGCCAAGCCUCUCUCCCAAAAUCACACACUUGAGUCCUUCCAUCGUAUCCAGCCAACACACAGCUAAUUCUCAUAUCAUGUCAUAUCAUCAUGAAUACCAUGACCCUAUACCCCAAGGAUCACACUCCAGUAAAAAUGUGCUAACACACCACACAAACACAAUAUCUUAGUACUUUUAAUGCCCUACUUGUGUUUCAUUGUCUCACAUUUUGCAAUAUUUGUGUGUACAACAGUAUUUUAAUAAAGAAUAUAAAACUUUACAAA